AUGCGCAACAUGGAAAGCGGUAGUGGAGCCUCCCCGAAAGGCAUUGCUGCAAUUGUCGGCGUCGGACCCAAACUUGGCCGUUCCAUUGCUCGGAAAUUUUCCCAGGAAGGCUACACCGUUGCCAUCCUUUCCCGAGACUUAGGGAGAUUGUUUAGAUUCGCUGAGGAAAUAGCUAGAGAAGCGAAAGCUCCAGUUUUCGCCAUUAGAAUCGAUUGCUGUGACUCGCAAAGUAUUCGAGAAGCAUUUGAAGGUGUUCUUUCUCUUGGGUUUGUUGAAGUUCUAGUCUAUAACGCGUACCAACAACAGCAACAAGUCUCCUUUGUCUCCUCAUCGUCAUCUUCAUCCUCUUCAAUAACAAAUACGAUGAUAUCAAGUACUCAACUGUGUCCAACUAGUUGCGUUGAUGUUCGCAUUGAUUCUUUUGAAAAAUCUCUUGCUGUCUCCACAGUUGGUGCUUUCCAUUGUGCUCAGCAGGUGUUGCCUGGGAUGGUAGACAGAAGGAGAGGGACCAUCCUCUUCACUGGCUGCUCUGCUUCUCUUAAAGGCCUUCCUGGUUUCUCUGAGUUAUGUUGUGGGAAGUUCGCACUAAGAGCAUUGUCGCAGUGCCUGGCUAAAGAGGUUCAACCUCUCGGUGUUCACGUCGCACAUGUUAUCAUCGAUGGGAUCAUUGAUUCCCCCAGAUCAUCAUCACCAUCAAAGUCAAUGGUUGAGGAACAAACAGGAGUAGGAGAGACCUCUUUAAUGGACCCAGACGCAUUGGCUCAGACAUAUUGGAAUUUACAUCUCCAAGACCGGAACGCUUGGACUCACGAGACACAUGUUAGAUCCUCCGACUCCAACAAUUUUAUCAUAUAG